AUGUCUGUCGUCAGUUCGAAGGGGAAAACCCCCACCACGCCAACUUCGUCUCAGAGGUCUAAGCCUGAGAAUGAAGAGAUGCCCGACGCACCCACCGUCAACGAACUCAAGGAAACUCUACGCGUCAAGUUGCCCGACACUUACUCCGGCAACCGAAAGGAACUUGAGGUGUUUUUGCUACAGGUCGAACUGUACCAGCACUUCAAUGACGAGAAGUUUUCCACCCAGGAGAGCUAUGCCCUGUGGACUGCGUCCUACCUUAGGGGGGAAGCCCUGCGAUGGGUCGAACCAUUCCUCAAGGAUUAUUUCAAAUAUGAAAGUACCAAUGGAACUUGCACGCAUGGAAAACUCAACCAACGGAUAUGGUGUCUCUCAUCGAGCACACCGUCCGAAUCGAUAACCGGAUGUAUGAAUUCCAGAAGGAACGUCAAACCUACGACAACCCAAAGAAGUACAACAAGUACCGAGGGAACGAAGGCCGAAGACGGGGCAACCACCCACGAGACAAUCAUUGUUAAGGAACGACUCUGUUUCAACUGUGACAAACCUGGCCACAUGGCCCGGGACUGCAGGCAGUCAAAGAAAGGGGACAGUGGAAGGAAGUUCGGGAAGCAACUCAACGCCACCUGGACAGGACAGUUGAAUGCAACGUUUGUGAACAAACAGGACUGGGGAAUAAACGGCGAAAGCACCCCAGAAGACGAGAGCUCAGACGAAGGGUCGGAGGCGGAAUUGUUCACCGUCUCAGAACAGGAGACCUUCGACGAACUCGCACCCACAGGUCCAAUGAGUCCUCGGUGCAAGGAUAUAGUAAAAUGCAUGGCCAGACACGCCCAUGAGAAGAUUAGGAACGCGAGAGACGAACCUAACAGCCGGAGGAGGAUCCCUACGCUUGAGGGAAUCUACACAAACCUACUGCAGGGAUUACCACAAGAAUGUCUAGUGGACGACUGCAAGGACAACCUCUGGAGAUACUAUGACCAACUAACGAAUACCCGCAGGCUGCUUGGCACGUCCCCAGAUGUAGCUAAGUUGGAAGCCCAAGAAGCGGAAGAACUGGAGAAGGAUGUCGAGCAUAUGGCUAAACUGAAGAAUAUGAAAAGCGUCAAACUUUACUACCAGGACCGCAGGAGAACCCUGGAGAAGUACGACGAGAAAGCCAGAGAUAUGCUCUGA